GCCGUUGGAGCAGCGCCAUCGCCGUCGGACGGUGCGCCAUCGCCGUUGGCAGACGCGAGUAGCCGUCCUCUCUCGCCACCCCGGGAGCGUCACAGGCCGUGCAGAGCGGCCGCGAUCCAGCCUCCGACCGGCCGCGUGGUCCCGCCCACCGCACCUCGCGUACGUGCCUUCCGUCCUCUCUCGCCACCCCGGGAGCGUCACGGGCCGUGCAGAGCGGCCACGAUCCAGCCUCCGACCGGCCGCGUGGUCCCGCCCACCGCACCUCGCGUACCGGCCACGAUCGAGCCUCCGACCGGCCGCGUGGUCCCGCCCACCGCACCUCGCGUACGUGCCUUGUCUCGCCGUCGCCGUUGGAGCAGCGCUGUCGCCGUUGGAGCAGCGCCAUCGCCGUCGGACGGGGUGCCAUCGCCGUUGGCAGACGCGAGUAGCCGUCCUCUCUCGCCACCCCGGGAGCGUCACGGGCCGUGCAGAGCGGCCACGAUCCAGCCUCCGACCGGCCGCGUGGUCCCGCCCACCGCACCUCGCGUACGUGCCUUGUCUCGCCGUCGCCGUUGGAGCAGCGCCGUCGCCGUCGGACGGUGCGCCAUCGCCGUUGGCAGACGCGAGUAG